CGAGGUAUACAUCUAUGUUUCAUAUGACAAAUACAUUGAUCAUCGCCUGAAUUGACAGCCCUCAAGUACAGUGAUCGAAGCGUCCUGUUUUUUGAUAAUAUUUCUUAAUCGUACGAGUUUUAAGGACUUUAGAAAAUUGCUAGCGAUGCAAUGUAUCAAGUUUUCAUCAGUGGAUACCGUUUGGCCGAGGUGUCACACGGCAAGCCCUAUUAUGUUUAUUGCAUCGAAGUACUGGAGCCAGAAACUGGUACUCGGUAUUAUAUCGAGAGAAGAUACAGCGAAUUUAGUGCAUUACAUCGCACGUUGAAAAAGGAAAAUGCGGAUAUUGCUUCGUUUCCGCCGAAGAGGGUAAGAAAUUCUCAGCCGAAGGUACUAGAGCAAAGGAGAGCUGCACUGGAAUUGUACAUCCAGAAAAUGUUGAGGCUUUCAGCCACCAAGCAACAGGUUCUCAAUUUCCUGGGUAUAGAAAGUCGUACUGCCGAUGCAUCAUAUAAAAGCACAUACAAAGACACAGAGGACACUCAACACGUCCAUCCGAAUGCCUUUGGUCACCAUCCAGUAUUAUCAUUUCAAUGUGAUCCAUACGCUUAUCCAGAUGGUACAUCGAACAGUCUUCCAGAUAUCGUGAUCAGCGGGGUCCUUUUAGGUGUAUACAAGUCUUGAGAAGUUGAUCGUCUUAAUAUCUCCGCCAAACGUUGAUGAACACGUGCAGAAGGAGUAGGUGCUUCCAGGAGAAAAGAGAAGAACCAGAACUGUACAAGAUAUUCAUGUAAAGCAUGCCAAGCGAAGAUAAAUAUAUUCUCUGCCAUGUAUUUGAAUCAUCGUCUCGUUUAUUUCGUCUCUGAAGAGAGUUUACAUUACUUGUUGCGACAUUCAUCUUAAUUCUAUUUAAACGUUAUGGAUAAUCUGGAUUGUAAAUGUAAAUUGUAACUCAUAAGCGGAUCUUUUGCGUUUACUACCGUUAUUCGUGGUGUGUCAGGACACCCAGCAAUGAUUAGAAUUCGUUGAUGAUGUUCAGCGGAAUUAUUAUAGCCACAUGAUUUCCUAUCAGAAUCUCUAUUAUAAGGGAAAAGGUGUAAAACAGAUGAAACCAGGUGUUAACAAUCAUUUGGUCCACUGUAUGUGUGUAUGUGUGUGUGUUUGUUUGUGAAAAAUAGGAAAUCUUUCUGUCGUGUGGCGGCUUUCUGCGUGUAGAAAAUGGAGACAACGGUAGUAACAUAUAUGUAUAUAGCACGGUAGUAGGAUCUCCUCUUUCCUCUAUGUACAAUGCUGUUACCAGUUUAUAUUAUAUGUCAUGGUAAUAAACUGAACAGUUCAUAUCAAAUUGUAAUGCA